AUGACUCGUCCACAUAUUCUGGUAAUACCUUUUCCAGCACAAGGUCAUGUAAUUUCUUUACUUGAGCUUUCACAUUGCUUAGUGAAGCAUGGCCUCAGGGUCACGUUUGCAAACACAGAUCAUACUCACAAGCGGGUCAUCAACGCCUUGCAGGAAAAGAACUAUGUAGGAGAUGAUGAAGAAAUCCGCCUGGUAUCGAUUCCAGAUGGAUUGGAACCCUGGGAGGAUAGAAAUGAUUUAGGCAAGUUAUGUGAAUCACUUGUAAGGGUGAUGCCUGGGAAGCGGAAGGCCAUACAAGAGAUCAACAACAAAGAGGAAGAUGAAAAGAUCAUUGUUGGCGUCUCUGGCUUGUACUACCAUAUUCCAAAGCUGAUUGAUGAUGGAAUCAUUAACAAAGACGGAACUACGACUGGGGAGACAUAUGAUUCAGCUGGGGCGAAACAUUCCUACAAUCAGCAAUGCAAAUUUAUCUGGAACGUUGGCGACUUAAUCACCCAGAGGAAGAUUUUCCUACUUAUUGAGAAGGGCUCAGAAGGUAUACAAAUGGAAGCUGACUACCUGAUUUGCAACACGACGGAUGACCUUGAGCCUGAAGCAUUCAACUUGGUUCCGAAAGUUCUUCCAAUUGGACCUCUUUUAGCAAGCAACAGACAAGGAAAUUCAGAGGAUACUUCUGGCCAGAAGACUCAACUUGCUGAGAAUGGCUGGAUCAACAGCAACCUAACUCAGUCAUUUAUGUUGCAUUUGGCAGCUUCACAGUUUUAG